UGCGAGAUUUUUAUGAUCUCCGCGGGGCAGCAUAAAGUCAAAUAUAUCUGCUUUCUUCAAUGAUGACGUACGCUGAGUUUGCGCUUUUUACAGCUGCAGAGUUGUUGCACUUUCUCUCAACAUGUCGAGUUUUACCUGCAGUGAAGACUUUGUUUAUAAAAGGCAUAACGUUGGUGACCAGUUUCGCUGGUGAGAAGUUGCAUUUCCAAAAUACUGAUCUACCUUCAUAAGUGAGCCAAUGAUAGAAGAUGACUUCUGACCCAGAGCAGCUUCUGGAAACACUGGAUGAGCUGGACCCACAGAAACUUAAGAGGUUUAAGUUUCACUUAAAACAGUUUGAAUCGGUUUCAGCUGAUGAACUGGAGAAUGCAGAUGUCACCGACACAGUGGAUAAGAUGGUGGAGCGUUUUGGACCAGAAAGAGCUGUAAAGAUCACACAGGAUAUCCUGAAGAAGAUGAAACAAAUUCAGCUGGCUGAAAAGUUAGAGAAAAACAACAGGGAAGUGCCAAGUACUCCAGUUCUUGUUUCCAGUCCAGUUUGCUCAGAAAUCUCAUUUGGAGUGAAUGCUGAAACUGGUGCAAGUGUGAAUGCUCCUUUUAUCAGUGGAAACACUUUCACAGGCUCAGUACAAAUAUACGGCAAAGACCAACAAAUACCUUUAUUGCCGGAGCCUGAGAGGAAACAUUCAAGGACACAAGGGGAUUCUGUCCUUUACAAAUUUUUACAAAGUUUCUGCCCAUAUGAAACUGAAGAAUUUGUCCUGCGAAAAUUCCUGAAACAUCACAAAGCCGGCAUGAAGAAGAAAACAGAACGUGUUUUCGAAAGCAAGAAAAAGCGUAAAGUACACCUGAAGAACGUUUACACAGAGCUCUUCAUCACAGAGGUUGAUACUGAGGAUAUCAGUGAGGAACAUGAGAUUUACAAGAUUGAGAAAUGUAUAAGGGGACACAAAUCCUAUGAUAAACCAAUAAACUACAAUGAUAUAUUCUGUCUGCUUGAUCAAAAUGAGGAGAACAAAACUGUGAUCACCAAAGGCAUCGCUGGUAUUGGAAAAACCUUCUCUGUGCACAAGUUCAUUCUGGACUGGGCUGAAGGAAAAGCCAACCAGGACAUAGAUGCCGUUUUUCUACUUCCAUUCAGAGUGAUCAACUUGAUUAAAGAUGAAGAGAUCAGUUUUCAUGAGUUUCUACAGGAAUUUUAUCCUGAAAUGAAGAUGCUGAAUGACACAAUGAUAUACAACUUUAAGCUUUUGUUUAUCUUUGAUGGUCUUGAUGAGAGUCAACUACCAUUGAACUUUAAAAGUAGAAGUCUAAAUAAUGUUAAUAAGAAAUCAUCUAUAGAUGAACUGUUUACAAAUCUGGUUAAAGGUCAUCUGCUUUCAACAUCUCUCAUCUGGAUAACCUCAAGACCAGCAGCAGCCAAUCAAAUCCCUCCUGAGUUUGUAGGUUUGUUCACAGAGGUUAGAGGAUUCACUGACCAGCAGAAGGAGGAAUACUUCAGAAAGAGAAUCAAAGAUGAAACUCAAGCAUCUAAAAUAAUCUCUCACAUAAAGACAUCUCGUAGUCUCUACAUCAUGUGCUACAUUCCUGUCUUCUGUUGGAUCACAGCCACAGUACUUCAUAAUAUUCUCAUGAAGAACAAUGGACAGGACAUUCACGCAACACUCACUGAAAUGUACAUUCACUUCCUGCUGAUUCAGAUGAAGAUGAAAAAUGAGAAAUACGAGGACCGAGAGGAAAGAGAUCAUACAAAGGUCUUAGAUUCUAAUAAAACUAUAGUUUUGAAGUUGGCCAAGCUAGCGUUUGAACAGCUGAAGAAAGAUAACACAAUGUUUUGUGAGGAAGAUCUUAAAGAAAGUGGUAUUUAUUUUAGUGAAAUCUCAGAGAGCACAGGGAUGAUUGCAGAGAUGUUCAAGAAGGAAGCUGGACUUCAUGAGAUGAAGGUCUUCCAUUUUGUGCAUCAAAGCGUUCAAGAGUUCCUCGCCGCCCUGUAUGUGUUCUUCUGUUACAUGAGCAAGAACAUGGAUGAACUUUGCUUUUUCUUUGAAGAGCGACAGGAUUAUAUAUUACUGCAUGACUUGCUGAAGAAAGCGGUGAACAAAACAGUGGAGAGUCAUAAGGGACAGUUAGAUCUUUUUCUACGAUUUCUGCUGGGCAUUUCACUGGAAUCCAAUCAGAAACUUCUGAAAGGUCUCCUCAGCAACACUGAAGACAGCAGAGAAAGCAUCAGAGAAACCAUCAAAUACAUCAAACAGUUUCAAAGACAGCACAUUGCAUCUGAAACAUCAACCAACCUUACGUUCUGUUUAAGUGAGUUAAAGGACAACUCGCUGUUGAAGGAAAUCCAGACAUGUGGACAAUCAGAUGUAUCUCUAGAAAGACCUAUCAAAGACUUAUCAUCCUCUAUGUGCUCAGCUCUGGCCUACAUGAUCUUUAUGUCAGAAGACGUGCUGGAUCAGUUCAACCCGAAACUCUAUGAGACAUCUCCGGCAGGUUAUAUGCAACUAGUGUCCGCUGUGAGAUGCUGCAGAAAGGCCUUAUUUGACAGCUGUGGACUCAAUGACACCUGCUGUGAAGCUGUGGCUUCCGCUCUACAAUCCUCAAACUCACCUGUGAGAGAUUUGGACCUGAGUAACAAUGACCUGCGGGAUUCAGGAGUGAAGCUCAUCUCUGAUGCUCUCAGGAGCCCCAACUGUAAACUAGAGAUACUAAGAUUGGCCAUUUGUAAUCUGACUGGUGAGUGUUGUAAAAGUUUCUCUUCAUCUCUACAAUCAUCGUGGUGUCUCCUGAGAGAACUGGAUCUGAGUAACAAUGACCUGCAGGAUUCAGGAGUGAAGCUCAUAUCUGAUGCUCUCAAGAGUCCAGACUGUAAACUAAAGAUACUGAGAUUGUCCAUGUGUAAUCUGACUGCCGAGUGUUGUGAAAGUUUAUCUUCAUGUCUCCAAUCCUCAAACUCACCUGUGAGAGAUCUGGACCUGAGUAACAAUGACCUGCAGGAUUCAGGAGUGAAGCUCAUCUCUGAUGCUCUCAAGAGUCCAGACUGUAAACUACACACACUGAGAUUAUCAGGUUGUAUGGUGACAGAUGAAGGUUGUUGUUAUUUGGCUUCAGCUCUGAGUUCAAACCCAUCAUCACACCUGAGAGAGCUGGAUCUGAGCUACAAUCACCCACAACACUCAGGACGCCAGAUGCUCUCUCAGAUACUCAAUGAUCCCAAGUGUACACUGAAGAAACUCAAUCUUGACCACUGGGGAGAAUUCAGGAUUAAAACAGGGCUACAAAAAUAUGCCUGUGAUCUCACACUAGAUUUAAACACAGCAAACACUCAUCUCAAACUGUCUGAAGACAACAGAAAGAUCACUCGUGUGAUAAAGUCUCAGUCAUAUCCUGAUCAUCCAGACAGAUUCGAUGAGUGUCUUCAGGUUCUGUGUAAUGAGAGUCUGACUGGACGCUGUUAUUGGGAGAUUAAAUGGAUGGGGAUGGAAGCUGAUAUAUCUGUGUCUUAUAAAGGAAUUGGCAGGGAAGGGAAACAUAAUGACUGCUGGUUUGGAUACAACAAAAAGUCCUGGAGUUUGAUCUGCUCUCGUAACAGAUUCACUGCCUGUCACAAUAAUAAGAAAACACACAUACCUGUCUCAUCACCAUCAUCUAAUAGAGUAGGAUUUUAUCUGGACUGGUCGGCCGGCACUUUGUCCUUCUACAGCGUCUCUCAUACACAAACACUCACACACUUACACACAUUCGACACAACAUUCACACAACCUUUGUAUGCUGGAUUUGGAGUGUAUUUUAACUCCUCUGUGUCUCUGUGUAAAAAUACUUCUUUAUAGUAAUGAUGAUCUUAGUAAUUCAGUUCUUAGAAGGACUAAGAAUGGACCAGGAAAACAUUGAGAUUUCAACCUUUGCGUGUUUCAAUGGAAACAUUAAAGGGACCAUGACAUGAAAAUGUUAGCAUUGCCACUUUGUAGGUGUGAGCAAUAAUUAAGUCAUUGAAAUUUGGCUCUCCUUAUGAUGCUGUCAUAAGGAGACCUUAUUAUAAUAAUACCACCCCUUAAUCUGCACUAUCCAACCACUGCACUGCCAUUUAGUGCAGGGAGAAAGAGAGAAAAAAUUAUUGACAGCACAAUUGAGUUUGAAUUGCCUCAAACCACCAUUAUUGUGAUCAGUGUUUGCACUUCAUCUGCUCAUUUGCAUUUUAAAGGACACACCCAAAACGACCUACAAAGUGGCAAUGCUAACAUUUUCAUGCCAUGGCCCUUUUAAGCCACCAAAGAAUGCAGCAUACACGCAGUAAAUACAUUUGUGAGUUUAUUCAUAGCCAUACAUAUGUAGUGUUCCGUACAGAAGCCUUAAUUGAGCUAUCUGGUUUAAAAGAGCAUAACUAUGUUUACAGAAAAAUCAUCUUUACGUCAUUAGUUUUUGCUUGGAUGGAAUGUUUGUAUAUACAAUAUAUAAUUUUAUGCUAAAGUCUUGCCACCCUUCCAAGGCUGCAAAAUUUUCUGUCUUUGUAAAUGGGCUGCAUUUAUAUAGUGCUUUUAACAGACCUAUGGUCAUCCAAAGCGCUUUACAAUUUGCCUCACAUUCACCCAUUCACUCACUCAUUCACUCAUUCAUACACUGACAGAGGUGUCAGCCAUGCAAGGCGCCAUCCAGCUCGUCGGCAGCAGCUGGGGUUAGGUUGCUCAAGGACACCUCGACACUUGAUCAGGUGGAGCCGGGAAUUGAACCACCAACCUUUCAAUUUUGUACACAACCUACAUCAGGGACGGGCAACUUCAGACCUGGAGGGCCGUUGUCCUGCAGAGUUUAGCUCCAACUUGCCUCAGCACACCUGCCUAUUUCUAGUAUGCCUAGUACAGGGGUGGGGAACCCUGGUCCUGGAGGGCCACUGUCCUGCAGAGUUUUGUUCCAACCCUAAUUAAACACACCUGAAAAAUCUAAUUAAAGUCUUCAGGAUCACUUCGAAAUGAAAUUCAGGUGUGUUUGAUUAGGGUUGGAACUAAACUCUGCAGGACAGUGGCCCUCCAGGACCCAGGGUUCCCCACUCCUGGCCUAGUAAGACCUUAAUUGGCUGCUUCAGGUGUGUUAAACUCUGCAGGACACCGGCCCACCAGGACAGAAGUUGCCCAUCCCUGACCUACAUGAACCACUGAGCCUCUGCCGCACCAAGAUAACGUUACAAUGAUAAUACUGCUAUUCCCUUCAGUUUCUAGAGAAAGCUGGACAAUGUGAUGUUCCCUUUCAGUCGGUCACUACGACGUCACGUCGUGACCGACGAAUUGGGAACUCGCUUAGAGAGACCAAUCUGCUUCGAAUACUACUAAAACGCCAAUGAACUUGGCAUUGAGAUAUUUGCAUAAUGCUGGCGCCGCCCCGCCAGGUGCGUAUAUAAGCCACAGGUGCAAAUAUGGAAAUUAGCUUUUUUCGCUUCGAAAGCCGGCAUUAUCUGCUACUGAGAAGCUACUCUCUGCUCUUCUGGGAACGGUUGCUGAAGUUGAUUGACAAGCAGUACUGACACAGCGGACGCUCGCAGUAUUCCACUGCUCUGCAUAUUUUUUGUUUUGAGUUUAGUGUGUGCGUUGCCUCUCCUUGUGCGCAUCAUCAGCUGAGCACCUAAAGAGUGAUUUCCCUAAAGAGUGAUACGUGAGAGCUCUGUGUCUUUUUAAAGACAGCCACUCUCUCGUAUAUUCGGAGAUCAGCGUCCUUUUCAGGAUAGCUUUUCCUCCGUGCGAUCUUGGAUGCGAGAAGUACAGGGAUUCCAGUGACGGUCACGAGCGCUGUCUUCGUGCUAUGGCAUCGAGCACUCCGAGGCUGCGUUCGUGGAGAGCUCUUGCUCUCUCUGUGAGAGCAUAACCCUCUUGGAUUGCGGAGACGACUGUCGUUUCUACGGGAACGGCGUCCGCGCCUUUGCAGUGCUGAACGCCGCCAUGGUGCGGCUGUCAAGCGCUCGCAGGACGCUCUUCGCAUCACUAUGCUGAGUAGGA